AUGACGGAGGCCAAAUACACGAUAAUACUAGUUCGUCACGGCCAAUCUCAAUGGAAUCGGUUGGACAGGUUCUGUGGAUGGGAAGAUGUCCACUUGUCCACUGAAGGUGCUCGUCAAGCUGAGUACUCUGGUAGAUUGAUCAGGGAAUCUGGUAUAAUCCCAACAGUUCUGCAUACUUCAAGAUUGACCAGGUCUUGUCAAACAGGAAACAUUAUUCUAGAGCAAUUGAAUCGCCAAUACAUUGAUAUUUAUAGGUCUUGGAGACUGAACGAAAGACAUUAUGGAGCGCUGCAAGGUCGCUUCAAGUCCGAUGUUUUGAAAGAAGUAGGCAAAGAAAAGUACAUGGAAUGGCGUCGAGCUUACGAAGGAUGCCCUCCUUUGCUAGAAGAAGCCGAUCAUGAUGACCGAUACAGGAACGUGGACCGAUCUGAACUUCCCCGAGGCGAGUCUUUAAAAAUGGUUCUGGAACGAUUUUUACCCUACGUAAACGACGUAUUAGUACCUCUUUUGGAAAAGGAUCCUUCUGAGAUACCUCUUCUUUCCGUUCAUGGAUCCAUUGUGCGUGCUCUUAUCAAGUAUUGGUACAGCAUAUCCGAUGAGGAUAUUUCGGGUAUCAAUAUUCCCAACGCGAUACCACUGGUGAUUACACUGGAUAAGGACUUCAAGCCAGUUGGAGCAUACAAAUAUUUAGAUCCGCAGUCAGCCUACGUUGAGGCUAACAAGGUGGCACACCAGGGAUUCGGACAGACUUAA